CAUUAGAGCUCUCUUAUUUCCAUGGCAGCCAAAAUCCAGCUCGCCAUGGCUCUCCAAAACAGAGCACCAAAGCUCUCUGUUUUCACAUUCUCCUUCUUCUUUUUGCUUCUGUCUCUCUGUUUCUCCCGGAGCUCCGGCCAGCAGGGAAUGCCGUUUGCCUGUGAUGCUGAGAGCAAUCCGGCUGUGGCGGGGUUCGGCUUCUGCAAUUCGUCGCUUGGGUUUGAGGCUCGAGUUGAGGAUUUGGUGAAGCGGCUUACAUUGACGGAGAAGAUCGGGUUUCUGGUCAGCAAGGCCGGGAGUGUGACCCGACUGGGGAUUCCAAAGUACGAAUGGUGGUCGGAGGCUUUGCACGGUGUCUCUAGAGUCGGUCAAGGGACGAAAUUUUCAACUGUGGUUCCUGGCGCCACCAGCUUCCCUCAGGUCAUCUUGACAGCAGCAUCCUUCAAUGCUACUCUGUUUGAAACCAUUGGAAAGGUAGUUUCAACGGAGGCAAGAGCUAUGUACAAUGCAGGAUUAGCAGGACUCACCUUUUGGUCGCCCAAUGUUAACAUUUUCAGAGACCCCAGAUGGGGCAGAGGCCAAGAGACUCCUGGGGAGGACCCUUUGCUCUCCAGCAAGUAUGCUGUCAGCUAUGUCCGAGGCCUGCAGCAGCGGGAGGAUGGCAAUCCCGACCACCUUAAAGUCGCCGCCUGCUGCAAACACUACACUGCCUAUGAUUUGGAUAACUGGAAAGGCACAGAUCGUUUUCACUUCAAUGCUGUGGUGUCCCCGCAAGAUUUGGAGGACACAUUUCAGCCACCGUUCAAGAGCUGUGUGAUCGAUGGCAAUGUGGCCAGUGUCAUGUGUUCUUACAAUCAAGUUAAUGGCAAGCCAACUUGUGCUGAUCCAGACCUCCUUGCUGGGGUUAUCCGCGGCCAGUGGAAAUUGAAUGGAUACAUAGUUUCAGAUUGUGAUUCAGUAGAAGUUCUUUACAACAAACAACACUAUACCAAGACGCCCGAGGAGGCUGCAGCAAUAUCUAUAUCGGCAGGGUUGGAUCUUGACUGUGGCAACUUUCUUGGGGAACAUACCGAAGCAGCGGUUACGGCAGGCCUGGUGAAUGAGACGGCCAUUGAUAGGGCGGUUUCUAACAAUGCUAUGACAUUGAUGCGGUUAGGCUUCUUUGAUGGCAAUCCCAGCAAGCAGCUUUAUGGAACGCUUGGUCCAAACGAUGUUUGCACACCAGAGAAUCAGGAGUUGGCUCGAGAGGCUGCAAGACAAGGCAUAGUUUUGCUUAAGAAUAGCCCAAAAUCUCUGCCCUUAUCUCCCUCUGCAAUCAAAUCAUUGGCAGUAAUUGGCCCCAAUGCAAAUGUCACAGACACCAUGAUUGGAAACUACGCAGGCAUACCGUGCAAAUAUACAACACCAUUACAAGGCCUAUCAGCAAUAGUAUCCACCUCAUAUCAGCCUGGCUGCAUCGAUGUGGCUUGCGUCUCUGCCCAGCUAGAUGAAGCAAAGAAGAUAGCAGCAUCAGCAGAUGCCACAGUUCUCGUAGUAGGAACAAAUCAAUCGAUUGAAGCCGAGAGUCGAGACAGAGUCGACCUGAAUCUUCCAGGGCAGCAGGCACUUCUAAUCACAGAAGUGGCAAAAGCAUCAAAAGGACCUGUGAUUCUUGUCAUAAUGACUGGUGGAGGCAUGGAUGUAAUAUUUGCCAAAAACGAUGACAAAAUUACAAGCAUCUUAUGGGUUGGUUUCCCUGGCGAAGCUGGGGGUGCUGCCAUAACCGAUGUAAUUUUUGGGUCCUUCAAUCCAAGUGGUAGACUACCCAUGACCUGGUACCCACAAUCAUACGUAGAGAAGGUCCCAAUGACAGACAUGAGAAUGAGACCAGAUGCAUCUACUGGAUAUCCAGGAAGAACAUACAGAUUCUACAAAGGAGAAACAGUAUACUCCUUUGGGGACGGAUUGAGUUACACAGAUUUCAAACAUCACCUUGUACAAGCCCCAAAGAUGGUAUCGAUCCCCUUGGAAGAAGGCCACAUUUGCCGCUCGUCAAAAUGCUAUUCGCUAGACGUUGUCCAAGAGAGCUGCCAAAACCUGGGAUUCGAGGUUCAUCUAAGAGUGAAGAAUCUCGGACAGAGAUCAGGAAGUCACACAGUUUUUCUCUAUUCAUCACCGCCUUCGGUACACAAUUCGCCUCAGAAACACCUUCUGGGCUUCGAAAAGGUAUCUCUCGGAGCCGGCGGAGAAACGGUGGUUCAAUUCAAAGUGGACGUAUGUAAGGAUUUGAGUGUUGCCGACGAAACCGGAAGCCGGAAAGUUGCAUUGGGUCUUCAUGUUCUUCAUGUAGGAACAUUGAAACACUCGUUGAACAUCGGGGUUUGAAUCGGAGUGCCGUUUAGCUCUUCCACCGCCGCCGCUCCGGGUGGAUGAUGCUGAAUCGUUGCUGUUAUGCAUUAUGGUAGGAGGGGAAAUCAGAAUUGUAAAAUAAUUUGAGAGAGUUGAAAGAAUUUUCUCAAUUCUUAUAUAAAAAUACACAGAAUU